GAGAACAAGGAGGAAGACAGCAGCGUUAUCCACUAUGAUAAUGAAGCCAUCGCCCGGCUCCUGGACCGUAACCAGGACGCCACCGACGAUGCCGACGUCCAGAACAUGAACGAAUACCUCAGCUCCUUCAAGGUGGCACAGUACGUGGUUCGGGAAGAGGAUAAGAUUGAAGAGAUUGAACGGGAGAUUAUUAAGCAGGAAGAAAACGUCGACCCCGAUUACUGGGAGAAACUGUUGAGGCAUCAUUACGAGCAGCAGCAGGAGGACCUAGCUCGCAAUCUGGGCAAAGGGAAGCGGGUGCGAAAGCAAGUUAACUACAACGACGCUGCCCAAGAGGACCAAGACAAUCAGUCUGAAUAUUCCGUCGGCUCUGAAGAGGAGGAUGAAGAUUUUGACGAGAGGCCGGAAGGUCGCCGGCAGUCCAGGAGGCAGCUUCGGAAUGAGAAGGACAAACCUCUUCCCCCACUUCUGGCACGGGUUGGGGGCAACAUUGAGGUGCUGGGAUUCAACACCCGUCAGCGCAAGGCCUUCCUGAACGCCGUCAUGCGCUGGGGCAUGCCUCCCCAGGACGCCUUCACUUCCCAGUGGCUGGUUCGGGACCUGCGGGGCAAGACGGAGAAGGAAUUCAAGGCUUACGUUUCUCUGUUCAUGAGGCAUCUCUGCGAACCCGGGGCGGACGGUUCGGAGACCUUUGCCGACGGGGUGCCGAGGGAGGGUCUCUCCAGGCAGCAGGUCCUGACACGGAUAGGAGUCAUGUCUCUGGUUAAAAAAAAGGUACAAGAGUUUGAACAUAUUAACGGCCGCUGGAGCAUGCCUGAAUUGAUGCCCGACCCCAGCGCGGACUCCAAAAAGUCUUCCCGGGCCUCGUCCCCCACCAUCAAAACUUCCACCACCACCCCAGAACCCAGCUGCACCAACACGCCCUGCACCUCCAAGCCAGCAACUCCGGCCCCCAGUGACAAAGGAGACGGGGCCCCCUCGGCUGAAAAGGAGGAUGUGGAGACCAAGGAUGAGAAGUUGGAGAAGGAAGCCAAAGGGAGCGAGAAAAUGGAGACGGAGCCUUCCGCGCCCGAACCGCCCCUUUCUACCACCUUCGCAGGGGAUAAAAUGGAGCUGGAACCUUCGAAGAAGCCGGAGGAUGAGGGCCCGGUGGGGGCCAGGGAAAAGGAGUCGGAAGCCGAGCCGACGGUUAAGGAUGAAAAGGAGAAGUUGGAUGCUGAUUUGGAGAAGCUGGUGGCAGAGGAAAAAUCCACGGAGAGCGAUGACAGCAAGGAAAAGGUGGAGGGAGAAACUCAGGACCCCAAGAAAGGCGAUGUGAAAUCCGAGCGAGAGACGGCCAAGGAAUCGAAAAUUGGCAGUCUCCGCGACGAGAACCGGAACAACGGGAAGAGGGAAGAGCGGAUGGAGAAACCCCGGUUUAUGUUCAACAUUGCGGACGGUGGCUUCACAGAACUCCACACCCUCUGGCAGAACGAAGAGCGAGCUGCCAUCUCCUCCAGCAAGCUAAACGAAAUUUGGCACCGCCGACAUGAUUACUGGCUGCUGGCGGGCAUCGUCCUACACGGGUACGCUCGCUGGCAGGACAUCCAGAACGACAAUCAGUUUGCCAUCAUCAACGAGCCUUUCAAAAGCGAAGCCAACAAGGGGAACUUCUUGGAGAUGAAGAACAAGUUCCUGGCCAGACGGUUCAAGCUCCUGGAACAGGCCUUGGUGAUCGAAGAGCAGCUCCGCCGGGCCGCCUACCUGAACAUGACCCAGGACCCCAGCCACCCGGCCAUGGCCCUCAACACCCGCUUUGCCGAGGUGGAGUGUCUGGCCGAGAGCCACCAGCACUUGUCCAAGGAGUCUCUGGCCGGCAACAAGCCCGCCAACGCCGUCCUGCACAAGGUGCUGAACCAGCUGGAGGAGCUGCUCAGCGACAUGAAAGCCGACGUGACCCGCCUGCCGGCCACGCUUUCCCGCAUCCCUCCGAUCGCCGCCCGGCUUCAGAUGUCCGAGCGCAGCAUCCUGAGCCGCUUAGCAAGCAAGGGGAACGAAACCCAGACGGUUCCGGCCUUCCCUCCAGGACCCUACGCCACCCCACCUAGUUUUGGGGUCUCCUUUGGUGCCACCCCCGGCGGGGGCCUGCCCACUUUGGGGGCCAACUACAGCCAAAUGCCAACCGGCUCCUUCAUAACAGCCAAUGGGCCUCCCGUGAUUGUGAAGAAGGAGAAGGAAGGCGAAGGCUUGGAGAAGAAAGAUGCCAAAAGCGGGGAGGUGAUUUGCAUAGAUGACUGAAAAGGGGGGGGGGGCGAAAGGGCCACCUGGCAGCCGGACCCCUCCACCUGCACCAACCCUGCCUCUGCCCCAGGGCACCACCACGGCCCUCCAGCCUCUCCUUUUUUUGAUUUCCGGAUUAUGUGACGGCUUUGGGGCCUGCUGGUGAUUCCUGCCCCAGCGGGGACUCCCCGCCUCGGAUUCGAAUUCCUCCUCCUGAGCCCCUCCCCUUCCUGCUGGGGUGGGGGAGAGCAGCGGCCGUCUGUCCCCGGCGGACUUAAGACUGACCAAGAGGUACUCAGGACGGAGCUGGUUUGUAUCCCCGGCUUGCGGUUCCGGGACGGGGGCCAACUUAAAAAAAGAGCUAGGAUCCAGGCCGCGUGGGGCUUGGAGGGGGAGGGGGGGCAGCCUGCUAUCUACUGCCCCCUCCCCAGUGUCGAAACUUUCG